CUGCAGUCAAUGAAGAAGCAGAAGAGAGAGCACUCUGAGGAGGAAUACAUGAGGACAUAAGGCAGCACAGUCUAAACAAGCAGAAGCCUACACAAAGAAUAAACAAGUACUCUUUGUGGAAAUAUGAAUCGCUCCUGUGUUAACUUUCUGAAGAGAUGGAUGGUUUUUCUGCACUUACUCUGCUGGACCAGUGGGGCUUUUGUCCAGGCCUUUGGCAUAUUCGGGAUGUUUAAAUCCCAGUAUGGCUCGAUCAUCAACACCUUUAAACCGCACUACGCCUCCAACUGCCUGAUAGUGACCGGGGCCGUCGUCUGCUGCGUGUGCUACCUGGGCAUCCUGGGCUCCCUGAGGGAGAACCACUGCAUGCUCAUCUUCUUUUAUAUUCUCCUGUUCCUCUUGAUGCUGGUGGAGUUGGCUAUGGCCUGUAUCUUCCUGGUAGUUGAGAGAGAGAUCGACAGGUACUUUGAGGAUGAUUUCUUACGUGCUCUGGACACCUACAAGCAGUCACCUGACACAGGAAAUCAGACCCUGAAAAAUGAGUUUCAUGCCAUUCAGGCUAUGUUUGAAUGUUGUGGGGUCCAUGGGCCAUCAGACUGGGAUGGCCAUCCUCAGAUAUCAUGCUGCAUUGAAGACCCCUGUAACAUAUUUCCCAUUGUCCCAUGGAAAGAGGGCUGUUUUGGGAAGUUGAGGACCUGGUUUAAAAUUAACUUUCUGAGCAUCGGUGCAGGAGUUGUAUCUCAGGCCAUUCUACAGGCACUUUGCUUGUGCUUCUCUUGCCCAAUCAUGUGCAACUUCCGGAUGACUGGACGGGGAUAUAUGUGAUGGAAUCCCUCAAGAUGCCCU